AGGCAACAACUCAUAAAAUUAAGCGAUUUGGAUGUGAGUUAGUCUAACUGCGAGUAUCGGUGUGUUAACAGUCCGCUAGCUGUCAUUUGAUUUCGACAUUCACGCACCGUCCGCGUUUGCAACACCACGCAACAUAGCUGUGGUAAACGGUUUUUUCGCGCCACAAACUGUUAAUAUUGUUUAUUUGUGUGUUUAAUUGUGUUUUUGUGCAAGGAUUUUUCUCUUAAGGUUCGCGAUGCCCCGAACGGCGGAACCAAACCCCUAGUUGAGAACAAUGUGUACACCGUCGAGAAACUGAUAGGCACAACACAUGACCUCCGAAACAGAACGAGAGGAAAUGCAAACUGUAAUCACGUACACUACACCUGACUUAGACCAGGCGGAGAGCAAACUAGACUACGACUUUUGUCCGAGCAAUGAAAGACUGACUCCGGAAAUCGAAGAGAAAAUUAACAUCGAAGACGACAAAGAUGAGGAACUAAUCAUAGACGACAGCGACUCGCAAGAGAGAACGAACAAUAAUGAAGUAACGGAAACUCAAAGGGAGGAAGCUCAUGAACCGUCCUGGCAUCCGCAUGUCUACGGGAAACCACCGAAGAAACCCACACCGCACACGAUCGAGUAUAUAUUAGGCUUGCAGGACCAAGAGAAACACGUUACCCAAUUGAUUAACGUUAAAAGGAAUUUUGAAACGAAAUCAGCGAAGAACAUUCAGAUACAGACUGACGAGAGACGUUUUAAUGUGCACAAGAAUAAGUUACACGAGCAACUCCUGCAGAGGAGUGUCAGGACUAGUGAGAGUGAGUUAGAUGGGAAAGUGUUCGUCUAUAGGAGCGAGGAGCCAUUGAACUUGUCCGUGAAGCCCAAGGACUGGAGUGGAGAUGACGAGAAAACCUAUAAAGAUUCAUCAAAGCUGAUAAAAAGGAAGAAGUCAACUGAUGAUGUGCGUUCUCCCCUCGGAGGUGAGGGCUCGCUCACCAGCGAGGAGGGCGAAGAUCAAGUCGGGAGACGUAAGAAAGCUCGCACGACCUUCACCGGACGACAGAUCUUCGAAUUGGAGAAGCUGUUUGAAGUGAAGAAGUAUUUGUCUUCAGGCGAGAGAGCUGACAUGGCGAAACUUUUAAAUGUUACCGAAACUCAGGUCAAGAUCUGGUUCCAGAACAGAAGAACGAAAUGGAAGAAGAAAGACAACGUAACGAACGCCGAAGUCGCCGAAAUAAAACAGCAGAACAAACCAGACGACAGAAAGACGGACGAGAAAGACGCCGCCGCCGUCGACAUGUCCAAAAAGACUUGCGCGAAACUCACCGAGAAACUCAAGAGCAUCAAAACAGUGGAAGUGAGGCCGAGGAAAGCGGAAAAGGGUGUGCUGUUAGAAACAUUAUGUGAUAACGAUAUUGAGAGUAGAAUAACGAUAACUAAAAUAACGAAUAAAUUAUCGAGCACUGACCUCUCGGGCGGAGGGGGCGUCUCCGUGAAGAGCUUUAGCCCCGACGAGGUCAGUGAGAUGAGCUUCGACAGCAUCAGUCGAGACGUCGAGAUGUAGUCGUGACUCGGGAUGUCCGGUGUGCUUGGAGCGAGCUUUUUAACGUUCUCUUUUUUUUCCUGCCCAUUCUGAUAGCCUUGAGAGGCUAUUUCAGCUUCGCCCUAACGUGUGUAGGUGAGCUCACGGGGCUCAAACCGGAGUGUUGCUAACACUGGCCCUAGCAAGAGCAGUGCUUCGUAGAAUCUGCCACCGGAUCGGAAACGCGACCCACUGAGAAGAUCCGGCGAGAAACUCAGUGGUCUAUAACGUUCUCGAUAGCGUAAAAGUUAACUCAUAUUUCCAUACAAAUAAACGGUCGGAAAGUUUGCCUACGUUUGCCGCCAGGGGCGCUGUUCUAACUCCAUACUUUUUUUUUUAAACUUGCACUAAGCACACUGCAGCUAUUUAACAAACAUUGUGUUAAAUUAGAAUACUCGCGUUGGAUGUGGCACGCGGAACGUAAUUCAAACAAACGAGGCAUUUUAGCAAAAAAAUAAAUAAUUAGAUUUACCAAAGGUUUUGAUGCAAGGUUGACUAACUCAUAUUUAAUUUUAUUAUUAAUCGUAACGUUACGCACAUUAGGAUCGAGAGAAUAGUUUACAGUAUUUCGUAAACAAACAAAAAUAUGUUUUUUUUAAGCGUUCCAACCGAUUAUUAAAAUUAGUUCAGCUAAAAUCAUAUUUUUCUAAGUAAUCCUUUAAAAACCAUACGACCUGAUUGAAUACGCCACUUUAAGUUAAUGUCUGUAAUCAUAAUACUGCUGCUUAAAUUAGUCGGCCUGUUUAAUGAUAAAAGUAUUUUAUUUCAAUAAAAUUAACAUUUUGCGAAUGUAACUUAUACAAUAGCGUUGUCUCUUUCUUUUAUAUGCGAUUAGAACGAAACGGUGCGAGAAUCGAAUUAACGAGUUUUAAGUUCAUUUUAAAUUAACAGCGCCAUCUUUCGAACAGUUAUAAGACUACAAUACGUAUGUCUUUUCCUUUGUUCAACCACACUAGUACCUGGUGCAGCGACAAUAUAACUUUAAAUUGGACAUGAUAUUGGCUCGAGCUGAUCUGAUUUCUACAGAUUUUUAACAUAUUUACCAAAUUUCCGUAAGUUUUCCUUAAAAUUUAAUUUAGCGCCAUCUAGUAUUGUUUUGUGUAAAUAAGUAUUGUGGUUUUUAAUUAUUAUAAAUGCAGCCAAUCUCGGUACAAUACCUGGCAAACUUCUAGAGCAUUAGUUGACUUAGUUGGGGAAAAUUCGCGCGUGGUACACUUACGUGCAAAAAUAUUACUUAUUCACUCUGUGUCAUAAAGUUAUUAAAAUUUUAAAAACAACAUAAUACAUAUUUAUUUUAUUUAUAUAUUUAUUAGAACAUCAACAAAAAAUACAGGUUAAUAAUUGUAAUAAUUUAAUCUUGGGGUAAAAUAUUCCUUCUAUUAGAUCAAAACUACGAUUGGUGCCAGGCCUUGGCUCAGCUGAAGCGGAGCCGGUAAUUUUUUGUAUCUUUAAUUCUUUGAUAUCCUUUGAUUUCUUUGAUUCUUGGGCCGAAGCGGUCCCCCCCCACCACCCCUCUCGCCCGUCAGCUCGCCACACAGAUGUUUGUGUACUUUAGUGUUGUUUUUCGAGUUCAAAUGACAAUGCACUCAAAGAUUAACAUUAGGAAUGAAAUACACAUGCUACUAGAAAAGCACGCUUGUUUGCUGCUAGGCAGCAUGUGUAUUCUAGGCUUUAGGUCGCGAGCGCCUGCCUCUUGUGAGCAGGUCUAGGUGCUUAGUGCGAGUUUUUUAACGUUCACGAUAGCGUAAAAGUUAGCUCAUAUUUGUAUGGAAUGGGAUCGUUUGCCUACGUUUGCCGCUAGGGGCGCUGUUCCAACUGCAUGCAAACUUGGGUUAACUUUUACGAUAUCGAGAACGUUAAAAAACUCGCACUAAGCACACUAGUGCCAGCAAUACAGUGUGCGACCGUGCGUCGAUUGAAGUCGUGUGCAAUAUUCGUUAACGUCUACAGUAGGCGCGCGAGUUCAUGUCCAUCCUGAGGAAUGCGGUAGUGCUGUGACACAUAGUUAAUUAUGGUAAUGUCGAUAAUAACUACUGAUUUAGUCAACAGCUGUCAAUUUGGUUUAAUGUAACAUAAGGUAAUUUGACAAAUUAUGAAAGAAAAUAAAUGUGAUAAGUAAUUACUUAUUUAUUUCUAAUAGAGAAAAAUAUUUUUUUUAUUCCAAUUCAAUCACUAUCAAAUGAAAAGUCAACCGACAGAUCAGAGACGGAAUCAGUAUGUAUCUUUUUUCAGUAGGUUUUUUUUCUAUCUGAACUUGUUGGAAGCGGAGUAGUCAUGGUUAAAUAACACAAUAGCGUUAGCGUAAAUUUUCGAUGUCGAUAAGCGCGCGUCACAACCGUCAAGGAAAACACUCGACGUCAGACCAAUGCGGGGGGCGGGCGAAGGUGGGGCGAGCUCCCCCCCGCGCGUCGCCUCUGGCCCCGAUGGACAUGAAUUCGCGCGCAUACUAUACUUAUAUUUAAGAGCUUACUUUAAUCGCUUCGUAAUUCUCAUCGAAUGACGUUCAUUUUGGCAAUAGACUUGCUGACCGACUCGCUGGCUUAUAUCAUUACCGUCCCACCUCCGACGGGCGUGUUGUUAACACUUAAUUUCCACGAAAAACAUUACACGUAAAAACAUUAAUAGUAAGCAGUUGUCACAAAUGGUGACUUUAGUUUUUGCUGCGGUGACUGAUGUCCGGAGAUAUUUUAGACAUUGACCGUGGGCAUAUUAGCAGUAUUAAAAGGCACAUAUAGUCUUUUCGCAUUAAAAGUGUACAAUUUCCAAAAAAUAUUUGAAAUUGAAUUAAUAUGCGGAAUCAUUUGGUAUCAGCAUUUUGGUAUUUUUCUCAUAAAAACUGUCCAAAGAGCGUAGUUUAGUUUUAAUUAUUUUUUUAGUUUACCUAGGUUCUGACUAAUAUUAACAAACUUAAUACGUAAUUUUAUCUUACUGUAACAGACAGAUAAUGUAACUGGUAAAAAAUAAAAAAUAAAUAUUGCAAAUAUGAUUAAUAUUAAAAAUAUUACAUGUUAAAACCUUUAAAACACUCUUCUGUAAAAUUAGUAAGUUUUGAGAUUACACAGUUUUAAUGCGAGAAGACUAUAUGUCCAUUCUCAAUGUUCGUCAGCUCACGUAUUCACUUACCGUGAUGUCAGAUUCAAUAGGAUAUCUUUUGGCGGUGUGCGGCGGCUUGGCGACCCAUUACCAUCAGGCGGGCCGUUGUCAGUGGUUGACACGCUCCCGUCUCAAGCACGGAAUCUGAUUUACUAACAAUUAAAAGUACAAACAUUUCAAAUUAAAUAUACAAACAAUAAUUCAAUAUUAUACUCACUAUAGUUUUACUGAGAUGUAGAAUUAGUAUUUACUUAGACGGAUAUAUUUUUUUCUGACUAUGUACUUGAAAUUGAAAAGUAUACGAAUUGAAAUAAAUGAAUUUUUAAUUAGUUAGUGUGUAAAUAAGUACAUACAUAGGUACCUUACGAACUUUGUAUUAAACAUAUCAUUUUUGUUGGUUUGCGAUUACAAAUAAUUUCCUCAUACGUAUAAAAACGACACGAUCCCAAGAAGCCCUUAAAAAAUUAAUUAAAAGAAAAAUUUAAGAAGAAUAGGUACUACAUACAUAAUAUAUGCAGUACGUGAUAGAUUGCCGCGGGCGUUAAUUCCUUCUCCCAUAACCAUUUAUAGUAAGGGGUUCCCAAACUUAUUUUGUCUACUGCCCACCUUGGGAAUAAAUAAUUUUUAGCGCCCCUUUUUUUAACCUACUUAAAACCACUAUAGCGAGAGCUCAGUCGGUGUCUAAGAGUCCUCCUAGAUGAAAUUACAAAUAGCCUAUCAAGCCUCUACACAACAGCCCCAUUUUUUUUUCUGGGUCUCUUACUGCCCCCCUUUAGGAUUGCAGCGCCCAUAAGGAGGCGUUAUCGCCCACUUUGGGAAAGGCUAAUUUAUACGGUUACAAAUUUAAAAUUUUCGUUGAUUAUUACCAAAGUUUAUAGUGGUCAUGUCAACUAACAUGUCAAUACCCAAGUUGUAUCCAACGAGCACUCCCCGGUUUCACCGUCCGUCCAGUGGCUGACUUACCCUCAGGCGGAGUAUGCUCCAGCCUUGGGCGGCAGAUUAAGGGGCGACCGAUUUGAAGCAAUUUUAUUUAUUUCAUGUCCCGUGUCGUAGUCAAUUUGAUUGUUGACUACGGUAUGGACUUGUAGAGGCUGGCGGUAGCUGGUAGGUCUUCCACUGGGUCAGCCCUUGACGUCUCCAGUACCACACACCAUCGCCAUUUGUCGCGGCGCGCGUGUCUCUAGAUUAGGGUUGCCACCUUCUUUUUUACAGCUAAAGUACAUUAAUUAUUAUUAAUUGUAUAAACAAUUUUGUUAUUAUAAUUCAACAGAUUAAACCAAAAAUUGUGACAAUUAAUGAUAGUGACAUUGUAGGUAUUUGAGGUUAAGUUGCGUUCAGAAUUAUUUGUUAUAAAAACGAGUGCUUAGGUAAUGUGGCGUUGGCGAGUAGCGAAAAUUUACAUAAUAUGACUAAACUUUUCAAAAUCCCAAAGAAACCAACUCAUUCCAAAUAAAAUACUUUCGUGUACUUUAUUCUUCACAUAAAUUAUAAUAUUUUAUUGUAAAGUACGGGUGGCAACCCUACUCUAGAUCGAGAUAUUUGAAAAAAAAUGUUAAUAAAAGUUUGUAAUCAUAAAUCUUUUAACUCAAGUAAAGUUUAAGUGUCUGCAUAAUAAUAACAUAGUGAUGUUUGCUAAGAGGUUAUUUCGAGUUAUCAUUUCUUCAAUAAACAUAGGUACAUUGAUAUAAGAUUAUUGUAAAUUGGAGCCAAAUUUUGUAAUUAAAUUAGUUUUAGACGAUUUCGGCGAGUGAUGUCUAGAGUAAGUAGAUUGUAAUAAUUAUAUUAAAAAGAUAGUGAAUUUGAACGACAAAUAAAUAGUUUUUCAUUGUGA